AUGAGUUUUGGACUGAAAAACAACCUUAGUCUCUUGCUCUUGUCAUUAUGUACAAGCCUUUUCGCAGGCUGUCUGUCGACAAUUAUUAUCUUUGCUUUGGUUGCAGGAUUUGAAGCUAGUGUUUUAUAUGAUUACACAGCUAGCAUUGAGUGCCUAGAAAAUCCCCAUAAACCUCAAUAUGAUGGAGGGAUCAUCACAAACCCGGAUUUGAAUCUUGGACUGGAAGGAUGGUCAAUAUUUGGAAACGCAAAAAUGGAACAUAGACAAUUAGGAGGCAACAAAUUUCUGGUGUGCCAUAGCAGAAAUCAACCACAUGAUAGUAUCUCACAAAAGCUUUACCUGCAGAAGGACAUGCACUACACUUUCUCAGCCUGGUUCCAAGUGAGUGAAGGAGAAGUUCCAGUAAGAGCAUUUAUCAAAACAAGUAGUGGCUCCAAAUUUGUUGGUGCUGUUGUAGCUGAGUCCAAGUGUUGGUCCAUGCUUAAGGGUGGCUUCACAGCGGAUGAGUCAACGCCAGCUGAGCUUUCCUUUGAGAGCAAUCACACAUCAAUUGAAAUAUGGGUUGAUAGUGUCUCAUUACAACCAUUCACCCGAGAAGAGUGGAACUCCCAUCAAGAUCAAAGCAUUGAGAAGAAACAUAAGAGAAGAGUAAUGCUUCAGGCAGUGGAUUCACGAGGAAAUCCUUUGACUAAUGCAAAACUUUCCAUUGAGCAAAAGGUUUCGUCAAGAAUGCCGAUUGGAUGUGCUACAAACAAGAACAUACUCAACAACAAGAAGUAUCAAGACUGGUUUACUUCAAGAUUCGGUUUAACAACGUUUGAAAAUGAAAUGAAGUGGUAUAGCACUGAACCUUCCCAAGGAAAGGAGGACUAUUCAGUAGCUGACACCAUGCUUCAAUUCAUGAAAAAAAACCGUAUUGCAGUUCGUGGUCACAACAUCUUUUGGGAUGAUCCCAAAUAUCAACCCGGUUGGCUCUAUUCACUCUCAUCAUCAGCACUUCGUUUAGCUGCUGAGAAAAGGGCAAAAUCCAUAGUUACAAGAUAUAAAGGCCAACUUAUUGCUUGGGACGUUAUUAACGAAAACUUGCAUUUUUCUUUCUUUGAAAACAAGAUGGGAGCAGAUGCAUCCAUAAUGGCUUUCAAGUAUGCUAAUCAAUAUGAUCCAUCAACUUUAAUGUUUAUGAAUGAUUAUAAUACAAUCGAGGAGAUGGGAGAUCAGGUAUCAUCUCCUGCUAAUUACCUUAAAAAGCUAAGACAGAUCCAAAGUUCUCUCAGUAAAGGUGCACGUGUGGCUAUUGGACUGGAGUCUCAUUUUAGGGUGCCAAACAUCCCUUACAUGAGAGCUUCUAUUGAUAAGCUUGCUGCUGCAGGAGUUCCAAUUUGGCUUACAGAAGUGGAUGUUGAAAAAGGCCCCAAUCAGGCAUUGUUCCUAGAGCAAGUAUUAAGGGAAGGGCAUAGUCACCCUAAAGUCGGUGGAAUAGUGAUAUGGGGUGCAUGGUCACCUCAAGGUUGUUACCGUAUGUGUUUAACUGAUAAUAAUUUUAACAAUUUACCUACCGGGAAUGUUGUAGACAAACUAUUGAAUGAAUGGGGCAGAAGAAAGCUUCAGGCUACAACAGAUGAUAAUGGCUUCUUUGAGGCCUCACUUUCCCAUGGAGAUUACGAAGUGAAGGUAAAUCACCCGAUUAUAAAAAAUCCUUCCUUGGUUCACACCUUCAGUAUCGUGCCCUCAAGAAACUCUUCAACGGUUCUUCUUCGAGAUUCUCCAUGA